AUGAAAAACCAAAAAAUACUCUCAAAGUUCCUUUCAAAUCUUCUAAUACUACUAACUAUCCUUCUCAUUUCAACAAAAUGGACCAUAGCACAAGAAGUUGAGGAUGAGAGUGAAUUUGAUUACAUAGAAGGGAGCGAAAAAGGUCCUUCACGUUGGGGAGAAUUGCAUAAGGAAUGGGCAGCAUGUAAAAAUGGAAGAAUGCAAUCUCCAAUUGAUUUGUCAAAUCACAGAGUGAGGAUAGUUUCAAAGUUAGGAAAACUAAAGAAGAAUUAUAAACCUCAAAAUGCUACUAUCAAAAAUAGAGGUCAUGAUAUUCAGGUGAAAUGGGAGGGAGAUGCAGGUUCAAUUAAUAUUAAUGGGACCGAUUAUUUUCUACAUCAAGCCCACUGGCAUUCACCUUCUGAACAUACCAUCAAUGGCAGAAGGUAUGAUGUGGAGCUACACUUGGUACACGAAAGUCAAAAAAUAAAUGGGAAAAGCAAGAUUGCUGUUAUUGGGAUCCUAUAUAAAUUUGGUCGACCAGAUUCUAUUCUCAUUAAGUUGUCAAAAUACAUUAAAGCCUUGGUGGAUACUGAAGCAGAAAUGAGUAUUGGAGUGAUUAAUCCCUCCAAAAUCAAGUUUGGUGGAAAGAAAUAUUACAGAUACAAGGGCUCUCUCACUGUCCCUCCAUGCACUGAAGGUGUCAUUUGGACUAUCAAUAAAAGGAUAAGACGUGUUUCUAGAGCACAAGUGAAGUUACUUAGGGAGGCUGUUCAUGAUCAUGCGGAGAAGAAUGCUAGACCUUUGCAACUCCUGAAUAGAAGAGAGAUACAACUCUAUGACCCAAAAAAGAAGGAAUGA